CUGGCGGCGGCCAUGGCCAGCGCCCCGUGCUCGCCGCUGCGGCGCAUGCGGCGCCUCAUGGACUCGCUGCCCGAGGAGCCCCCGCCGUGCCGGCGUGAACUGGCCAGUCGGCCCCUGUGGCGGCGCGUGUUCGUCGAGCUGCUGGGCAGCCUGCUUUUCACGGUGUUCACGGUGCCGCUGCAGCCGCGAAGGCAGCAGGCUGCCGACAGCGGGCCCCUGCAGUGCAGCGUGGCGAUGGGUGCGAGCGCGGCAGCGCUCGCUCACUGCUUCGCAGGUGACCUGAACCCGGCGGUGACGCUGUCGCGACUCGUCGGCCGUCGUCUAAGCGUGGUUCGCGCCCUGCUCUGCGUGGCCGCACAGUGUUCGGGCGCAUGCCUGGGCGCCGCCGCCCUGUACGGACUGGCACCCCGCGACCAGCGGCCCGCGCAGCAGCCGCCCCAGCAGCUGGCGCAGGGCUUGCACGCCAGCCAGGCCUUCGGAGUCGAGUUCCUGGGCACCGUGCUCGUGGCAAUGAGCGCUCUGGCCGCGGACCGCGCCGCCUCGGGUCCUCUGGGAGUCGCGUACGCGGCCGCUGCGCUAUUUUCGUACCGCUUCACGGGCGCCGGACUAAACCCGGCGCGCUCACUGGGGCCAGCGCUCAUCACGAACACGUGGAGUCACCACUGGGUCUACUGGGCGGGACCGAUGUUGGGCGGCCUGAUGGCGGGCUUCACCCACGAGUACACGCGGGGAGCCAGGCUGGGCCGGGAGUCGGCGCACAGCCUGCGACCCUCGCCGCCCGCGGGCCAGCCGGCCAGGAACAACCACGUCAAGCGCGACAUCAGCGGGCUCAGCAACGACACCGAGCUCACGCUCACAUCCAACAACGACUGUCGCGUCUGACGCGAGUGACCCGGCGGAACACACGGUGCUCUGUCGAGGACGACGACACGCGGUUUCGCCGGAGGUGCACGCUGCGAUAGACUGCGCAUGCGUCGCGUCCGUCGCUCGACUUCUGGGAAGCCCGGAGUGCUGCUGUUCGAAGAGAAGACAUGGUGCUGCCUGGCCAUACACAUGGCGUCCCCGCUUUCUCGACAGAGCUCUACUGAGGUUCAACCAAAACAGGAACCCCCAAGUACACGAAGAGCGCUCGAGCGCUUCUUCUCUCGUCGUUUUUCAUCUUCCUACUUAUAUAUUCUAUAACGUCGCAUGCACGCGGAGAAGCAGCAAGGGUGGCUUUUUUUAUGUGGCAGGAUCUUGCCACUAAAUGCUGCUUAGCAUUUUGCGUAUGAAUAUGUUCUCACCAAACUAUCUCUCCUGAAGGCUGCGCAUUUUCUCAAUAAUAUCCAUGCUGAAAAACACUCUUUUCUCGUAGGCAAAAAUUACUGCAGUUCUAUUUUCGGUGGCACUCGAAUCAAGAGCCUGGACAAUCUUGCCGACACGUUAUUUAAAUUCAAAGUGUAUCUUGUUCGCCUACUGCCAGCUAGAACAUUAAAUGCGGCAUUCACAUAACUGACCAUAACUGGUUUGUAAAUGUAGCUCCUGUUAGACCAUUAUUAUUGUUGUUGCUUGUUGCUACUAUAUAGCAAACUGAGGGGGACGGGACACAAUUUAGGACAGUUUUAUUAUGAUAAGGAAAACCCUUUGAAAGAGCAACCGAGCGAGAAAGACGUGGCACAUGAAAAAUAUACAGCCAUUAUUUACACUUGUUUUCGCAUUUGCGCAUUUUCCACGCACAGGGGAUUUUGCAUGCACUACCGCAACCGUUAGAUAGCGGGCAGACAAUACACUUGGGACUUUCUGGUGGUAUAUGACAGCGUGACCUAUGGUGCGCGCCAAAGGGAACAUUCGUGUGCUCGGCGCUGAGACAGUGGGUUCGUAACUGCUGUUCUAUAUACUGAACCGUACUCGUCACGGCUGACUGGCCGAGCUCAUGCUUAGCAGAGUACUUCGAGCAGCUCAGACGGCUGCGUGACCAACGAAAGAACCCUUGCGUACCCUUUAAUGACAGCGUGUAUAACCAUUACUGUUUGGUGAUAUAGGCUUCCAAACAGCACCUCAAUUACCACCAGUCCCGCCAAUCAAUUUUUUUUUCGUGUGCCCCGGUGAGCAUCGCCGACUGGAGUGGCAGGAAAAAAAAAAACGCCAUCACAUGUGCGUUAAAGUGGAUGCAUUGUUACAAUCUUUUCUUUAUUUUUUUUUCUUAAUUUUCAGUUAUUGCUCACUGUUUCCGAGCAUUGCCUAGAAGGCAUGACUCUGAAUAGAGCAGUGACACUCAAUCAAUGUUGACAUAUUGCCGAAAUCGUAUAACCUUGAGACAUCGUUCGAGCGUAUCCAACCUGGAUAAAAGUAGAUUGGUGGUGCUUCGUGGAGACAUUAUAGUUGAGAGAGUACGACGUUCUCUCUGUAUACAGAGUAUCUAUGUAUGUGCCCCGUCGGCCUGCCUUCAGCCCAAUAGCACAGAAACCUUUUGCGCCACUGUAGUUUUGGCGUCCCAUGCUCACUUCAGGGUCCCUCCCCUCUCAGGGUAUAUACUGUAGGGCAUGCACCGCUCAGACGGCGCAUGCAACAAGUUCCCUAGUCGGCUACUACGGUAUCUUUCCUUCUUGGACACAGACAAAAUCGUUCCUCUAUCACUGUCACAUCAUUGUUGUCUGUCGAUGCUGUUUGUCAAGGCUGCAGACUGCAUACGCACCUACAUUCUUGUUGUUUUUAUCUUUCUGGCGACUUGACGAUACACACUUCUUGCAAAGGAGACAGCCGUUCUCGCAGGUGCAUUGUUAUUUCCUAUGUGGAACGAUUGUUUCAUUUUUUUUAUUCGCUACCAUAUGCUUUCAAAUCUUGUGUAUCAUAAUACCAGAUACGUAGAAGGAGCAAAACAAGUGCGAGUCGCACAGAAAGUUCACGCGCGCAGUUUUCUUAGAUAAAAAAAAAGACAUAAAAAGAAGCCUCUUUCUCAAAGCAUAUCCGCUAUAAUCUAUUUAACUAAACGCUGCAGUCGAAAUCCUGUACUAAGCAGAGUAGUAAGCAUCUUUUUCGUAGCGGAAAAUAAAACUGACAUUUUCGAGAUAUUCAUAUGAAUAGCUUGGUAACCGGUUAAGAUCACAACAUCUGUCUAAUAGUACAGAUAAAUGUGAGUGCCACCACGGCCAACCAGCGAAAGCAGAAGUGCGCGUGCUCCUCUCUGCGCCACGUCGCGACCACAGACUUGUCCCGAUCUAACUUGACUGGAAGCUGUGAAGAAAGAGAGAGAGAGAGAAAGAGCUAUCCCGCACAUUUACUACAACUUCUAUACACAUUUACCAGUAUUAUGAUUAACAUUCAUACAGUGUCGUAUAUUCAUAGUAACCGCUGCACUUCCGUACAUAUUGCAGCUACGUGCCUGCUUACGCGUGUACAGACAACUGCACCAGUAUAAACACUAAGUAGACGCCGUCAAAGCUCCGGCGAUGUGCAAUCUUCUUAUGCGCCGCCGCAGCGCGUAAUCAUAUCUGUUGCAUGUUUACGGUUUCGGAUAAUUACGGGAAUAGAUAACUCGGCGUCUCGUUGCCACAGGAAAACUCCCUUCUCAUCGCCUUAGCCCUUACGCCUGAUAAACGCGGAGGUCGUCAGUUGAGUCGACCGAUUAUCAAGCUCGGGGCGACGACGCGCAGACGAGAGGCGUGCUAGCGGCUGUGUCCUCCAAUUUCCUCGACUCAAUUCUCUUCCCAACAUUUUUGCGCAGUUACCUGCUUCUCAGCUAGUGAAGAAAGCACAAGAAAAUGGAAACCAUGACGGCGGCUCACCGCUUGCAAUAACGGAUGCUCAAAACGUACCCAUGUAGUUCAGUUCGUCGACCCUCUCAGAAACUAAACUCUUAAGGUGUAAAAGUUUGAUGAAGCGUAAAGUUGGUAUCAAGCGUAAAAUAUGCAUCACAAAAUUACGAGGGUGAGACAUACGAAUUCCCCGGAAAGAAGACGACUGCCACAAAGACGGCAGUGGUGUUUCUGUCCCCGUGUCACGUGACAAACAUUUUUUGGAGAUUUAUUGAAACCUUCGGUAUACGACAGAAAAUGCCGUGUUCGUCUUCUUUGCAGUCACGUGGCAUAAAUUAUAAUGGAUGCUCCCCCCAUACAUUCUUUUUCAUACAAUCACAGCAUAUUAUGGGAGUGCCGCAGCUCUGAAAAGGUUUGUGUUACUCGCUGUUUCACCCCUGAUCAGCCCGCACUUAAAGAAUGUCUUACAGUGCAUGUAUACAAUCAAGUAUCCGUAGCAUACGAUGAAUGUUCGCUCUGACUUUCUCCUUGUUCUUCCAUGAUCCCGGGCUCAUAAAUCUUUUGCGGCCGGAGGCGAGGGGGCGCCUUUAUUGAAAGCAAAACGAAUAAAGAAAAAAAUAACAUAACAGGUUGGUGGUUGGGGUGCAGUCACAGAAGAGAUGUUGCAUCUCCUUGGGCAGUUUACGGUUCGGGCACAAUGGUGGCCCAAGAAGCCGCAGCAUCGAGGUGUAGUAUAAUUUUGCAGACAUUGGACGCACGACUUGAGUCGCGGUUAACGCCAGCACUCGAAUACCAGUGCGGUCGCCACAGUUGAACAAAUACUAUUUUUUCUGCAUUGGAUACUUUUCGAGUCAUUUCUUCAGAUAAGCAAAGAGCAAUGAAGCCGAGAGUGAACCACAGCAAAAACCUUUUAACAAGCCAAGUGAUUGCGCAAUAAUGCCUUUGAGAAAGUUGACGUUAUACGUCCGAUGCAGGUUUUCCACGAAAGAAAACAUUGAGAAACUCGUGCGGUAGAUACGAGACCGAAAUAUUACGCGAUCAAGAAGAACCGGGGCCGUAUUCACAAGACAUUUCUAUCGCAAGUGCUUUUUCUGCCAUUGGGCGGCCUGCUUCGCUAAUUAUAUGUCCAGCGUCAGGAUUGGCUGAAAUAUUAUCUUAAGAAAAGUUUUAGCGAAAGUCGUUUUUGUGAACGCGGGCCAUGAUGUGUAUCGAAUACAGCACUUUGUCUUACUUGUCCUAUAAACACAUUAUGUAAUUUGUCUUGCACAGGAUAUUCCUACUUGUUCCAGAGAUGUACCUGACAAGAUAAAACAGCGCUAUCGCCAAUCUGUUCGCCAAUCCACCAAUCUGUUCCAAGUAACAGAAAAAGAAAAAAAGAAACUGGUGGUACUGUGGCCCAUAGGAUUCCGAACGGGUAUCGCGAGGAAACAAGUGAAAAGAAAAGAACUCGCACUGUAUAUCCCUUCCCUCCCUCCAUCCGACGCUGUUGUAUUCACUCGGCCGCAGCUCCAGCCAACGCGCGGCCUCCUCAUACAUCGAGGAGCGAAGACAGCGUAUUUUGUUUACACCUCGGAACCGGCAGAGCCAUGCUUCUGCCACACGGUCACAUUGGACGGCGCCUCAGGAGUACAGCUGUAUAUAUUUCACCGUUUCACCGGGUUGUCACAGCCUACAGAGCACAGAGGGGAAAAAAAUGUUGUAUGCGCAAGUUUUGUCAGCCGCUUUUCAAUGUCGCUGGAGUAAGAUUAUGCAAAUUUGUCGGACGGACGAAUGUGUAAACGCGGUGAGCACAAGUGUACUUGUACAUAGGGAAAAUGAAGGCUGACACACUGUAUAUUUACGUCAAUACUGUUGAACAGUUUUCGUUGUUUCCUUCUUCUUUCUUUCUUUUUUUUUCUUUUUUUUACGGAGUCACGACAAUAAAGUAUUUCACUCUGACGCGCGUCGUUUUCUGUGCCCCGUGGGUGGUCCUUGCAACUGCUGUUACUUGGACCUGGGUUCGACUACCCGAAGACCAUGCCCAACUCAACUGUCUGAGGCGAGUGCGCGUCAUCUAUUUCAGACCGCGUUAAACAAAUCAGUAAAAUGCACGAAUUUUGUAGCGCGAAAAUUCAGAAAAGAAAGAAAUUUGAAACAGCUAGGAGAAUUAUUUUUAUUUCUUUUUUUUUUACUCCUUAUUUCCUAAACCAAUGCCUCGCAUUGGCCGAUCAACCAGCCAACCAACCAACCAACCAACCAACCCAGCAAGAAAUGAGCAGAAAGAAAUAC